AUGUCUCUAAAAGGACAAGAAGAUUAUAUUUAUCUUUUCAAGGAUUCAUCACAUCCAGUGGAUUUGCUGGAUGCAUUCAGAACCUUUUACUUGGAUGGAUUAUUUACUGAUAUUACCCUUCAGUGCCCUUCAGGGAUAAUCUUCCAUUGUCACCGAGCCGUUUUAGCUGCUUGCAGCAAUUAUUUUAAGGCGAUGUUUACAGCUGACAUGAAAGAAAAAUUUAAAAAUAAAAUAAAACUCUCUGGCAUCCACCAUGAUAUUCUGGAAGGCCUUGUAAAUUAUGCCUACACUUCCCAAAUUGAAAUAACUAAAAGAAAUGUUCAGAGCCUGCUUGAAGCAGCCGAUCUGUUACAGUUCAUUUCAGUAAAGAAGGCUUGUGAGCAGUUUUUGGUAAGGCACCUGGAUAUUGAUAAUUGUAUUGGAAUGCACUCCUUUGCAGAAUUUCAUGUGUGUCCAGAACUAGAGAAGGAAUCACGAAGAAUUCUGUGUUCAAGGUUUAAGGAAGUAUGGCAACAAGAAGAAUUUCUGGAAAUCAGCCUUGAGAAGUUUCUCUUUAUCUUGUCCAGAAAGAAUCUCAGUGUUUGGAAAGAAGAAGCUAUUAUAGAGCCAGUUAUUAAAUGGACUGCUCAUGAUGUAGAAAAUCGAAUUGAAUGCCUAUGUAAUCUACUAAACUAUGUCAACAUAGAUAUAGACCCAGUGUAUUUAAAAACAGCUUUAGGCCUACAAAGAAGCUGCCUACUAACAGAAAACAAAAUUAGAUCUCUAAUAUACAAUUCUUUGAAUCCUAUGCAUAAAGAAAUUUCCCAGAGGUCCACAGCCACCAUGUAUAUCGUUGGAGGCUAUUACUGGCAUCCUCUCUCAGAGGUUCACAUAUGGGAUCCUUUGACAAAUGUUUGGAUUCAAGGAGCAGAAAUACCAGAUUAUACUAGGGAGAGCUAUGGUGUUACAUGUUUGGGACCCAACAUUUAUGUAACUGGGGGUUACAGGACGGAUAAUAUAGAAGCUCUUGACACAGUGUGGAUCUAUAACAGUGAAAGUGAUGAAUGGACGGAAGGUUUGCCAAUGCUCAAUGCCAGGUAUUACCACUGUGCAGUCACCUUGGGUGGCUGUGUUUAUGCUUUAGGGGGUUACAGAAAAGGAGCUCCAGCAGAAGAAGCUGAGUUCUACGAUCCAUUAAAAGAGAGAUGGAUUCCUAUUGCAAACAUGAUUAAAGGUGUGGGAAAUGCUACUGCCUGUGUCUUACAUGAAGUUAUCUACGUCAUUGGUGGCCACUGUGGCUACAGAGGAAGCUGCACCUAUGAUAAAGUUCAGAGCUACAAUUCAGAUAUCAAUGAAUGGAGCCUCAUCACCUCCAGUCCACAUCCAGAAUAUGGAUUGUGUUCAGUUCCAUUUGAAAAUAAGCUCUAUCUAGUUGGUGGACAAACUACAAUCACGGAAUGCUAUGACCCUGAACAAAAUGAGUGGAGAGAAAUAGCUCCCAUGAUGGAAAGGAGGAUGGAAUGUGGUGCUGUCAUCUUGAACGGAUGUAUUUAUGUCACUGGAGGAUAUUCCUACUCAAAGGGAACGUAUCUUCAGAGCAUUGAGAAAUACGAUCCAGAUCUUAAUAAGUGGGAAAUAGUGGGUAAUCUUCCAAGUGCCAUGCGGUCCCACGGCUGUGUUUGUAUGUAUAAUGUGUGA